AUGGUAAACACCGAAGAAAGCGUGCGGCACAAGGAGGUGAGGCGCUUUGCUGCCUGCUCACGGUUGUUUGGCAGCCUUGGCCUGGGUGCCUUGAAUGGCAGCGGAGUGACCCAGUCCCAUAUUUUGUUGUUUACUUUAUACACAGGUGCAAUUGCAAGAUGCUCCUACAUCAAGUACCAUUACUCGUCAGCUGCAAUACCCAAAAAUCUGUCCUACAACAUCACCAAGACAAUACGACAGGAUGAAUGGCACUCCCUACACCUGCGGCGAAUGACAGCUGGUUUCAUGGGCAUGGCAGUGGCCAUCAUUCUGUUUGGCUGGAUCAUUGGCUUGCUCGGCUGUUGUUGGGAUAGAGGUCUCAUGCAAUAUGUGGCUGGCCUGCUCUUCCUCAUGGGAGGAACUUUCUGCAUUAUCUCCCUCUGUACCUGUGUUGCUGGCAUUAACUUUGAGCUUUCCCGUUACCCGCGGUACCUGUACGGCCUUCCUGACGACAUUGGCCAUGGCUAUGGAUGGUCUAUGUUUUGCGCCUGGGGAGGUCUUGGCCUUACCCUCAUCGCUGGUUUCUUCUGCACCCUGGCUCCCUCUGUGCAGCCAAUACCCAGAUCCACCUGUCCCAAAGCCCGGCAAGAGAACGGCACCGUCUGCUAAAGCUGGAAACAGUGAACAGACCAGCUACAUCAAUUGAUAAAAAAAAAUAGACAAACUGUCAAAUCAUGUCAUCUGCCUACUUAUCUCCAAUCAGUUCUGGGUUCAGAGUUUUUAAAUUGUGUGUGUGUUUGAAAUGGAUAUCUUGAUAACCUGCUAUCUCGAUCAUACAAUGAGAAACUCAAGAUCUUAGAAGAAAUAUUAAAAAAAUAAUCCUGUCUUUUGUUAUUAUGGGACAGAUGUGUAAAUUGACCUUGGAUAGGAAAAUAAUCCAAGGAUUUAAGGAGGAUUCAAGAAGAAAGUAACGGACUGAUGUGUGGAACUUGUCACCUGAAGUUCGGCUGUAACUGUAAAAGUGGACAGUAACAAUUUGACAAAGAUGUGUUCUCUGUACUUGCAAUUGGUUUCUUUAGAAUUCUCACAGGAGCUGGAUUGAGCCAGUCCAGGGUUAUCAGCUGAGUAAACUUUUCUGUGCACCAUGCAGAAGUUACAUGUAACAAAUGAGCAGGAUCAAGAUACAAACUGCUGUUAAUUAUUGUCUGGAAUAUUCCAAAAAAGUAACAGGAAACAGGAAUUUUCAUAUUGGAUUGCUUUUAUUCUGUAUAGGUGCAUUCCUUUUCAUACAAUGAUGCCAUUAAGCAUUUUGAACAUACAAUUUUUAUUUGAUUUUAUAUUGAUUCCCUCAUAUUGUGAACAAACAGCAGUUUACUGUCACAGCAAAUGUCUUCUGUGCUUUUUUUUCAUGAGCAAGAAAAAAAUAGCAAGAAGGUGAUUUUAUGGUCUAUACAAUUUUUUUAUUUAAUAAAGUAUACAUAGAUAUACUCAUGUAAAAAAUCCAUUUCUUUUAAUCUGAGUUACUGAUGAAUCAAUUUAAAAGGAAGCAUAUUCACAUUAAUAUUGUGCUGCCCUCAGAAGGAGUGAAAAAGCAUUUAGGUUUUUUUUAACUCAUGCUUUGGUGUUGAUUUCUUAGACAACUGCCACAAUUUCCUCUCUCUAUUUUGUUCCAUAUCACAAGAAAGCAGACAUUUAUCUAGCUGAUGUAUUCUAGACCCAGAAGAUCAAUGUCAUGUAUCAGUAAAAUCUUUACUCACCUUAGUCACCAUCAAUGAUUUACACAGAUUUGUCCGUGGACAGUGGUAUAAACAUUAGGACUGAUGAGAACUUGUUCAAAUACAGUCACUGGUUUUAUACGAUAUGUUGUCUUAGAAAGCACAAAGCAGCAGCCAGUCCCUACUGACACCAGUAAUGUCAGUAAGGCCUUUUUAUUCCACUGACAGCUCUACUGUAUGGCUCGACUUGGCUCAACUCUACAUGGUUUAGGUGGUUUUUCAUUACAACAGUUCUAACAGUGAAAUUAUCAUAAUUGGGUGGCACCAGAGUUUAAAAAGUAGUGUGGCAUGAUCUUGUACAAACUGCUGCACGUGUGGAAGCAGUGGAUGGUGUUGGGGUAGAAGCAGUAGAGCUUGGAGAGUCCAAAUUAAGGGAAGUAGAGACAUACUUCUCAUAGAAAGAGAUUCUGGAAACACAAAGCUUACAUAAGGUGUAACUGCAAUAUAUGUAAGAGACAGUGAAUAAUCCAAGCAGAGCACACUGUUAGUAUUGAUGGCAAGUUAGUAUUGUCUUGAUGCAAGACAAUACCAUAAAUUUCAGAAUAUCCUUGUUUGUUCAAAGUAAGCUCAGCACUGAGGAACAAGUUGCAUACAAGACUCUUUAAGUCAUAAAGCCAUCAUCCAUUAUGGAAUACAGUAAUGAUGUGCUCAAGUUCAAUCAACUCUACCUGUUACUGGUUGGUGCCUGUAAAUGGUGUCUGUUCCGUAGAACCACUGCGGCCGUUGUGGUCCUUGUUGGUCCAGUAAUUACUUUACAGGGUUCGAAUCAUCUUGCUGUUCACUGGUACCCGUAGGCAGCCAUCAACAGUCACACGUCAUGGCAAAUCAACAAGCCAGUUAAAUGUGAUUUACAUAAAAACAUAUGCAAAAAAAAAAGGGAACAUUAUAUUACAUUACAAUCAGUAACAGACAAUCUUCUGAUGCUGUCUUAGUUAGUAGAUUUGGAACCCCUGCAAACUGGAUCCUAAAAAUGGGACAGGUAUCACAUAACUACUGAGAAUACCUUUGUAAUCGAGUAAAGUUGAGUUGAGCCAUACUGAGUAGGUGCCAGUGGAAAAGGGCAAUAUGGAUAAUCUCAUGUGUGCAUUCCAUGUGCUCCAGAAAGUAAAACUUGAAAACUGAUCCAUGUUUUGGAAUAGUUAAUAUUUGAAACAUAUUUAUUGAGUGUUGGAUUACUUAAAAUUUUAUUUGAGAGUAGAGAAAUUGGUGUAGUUCCCUGUUAAGGUUUUCAUGUGUAAUAAAUAAAUUUGGGUAAGCAAUUUAAACACCUAAACUUCUAUUGCCCCUCAGAUUUUUUUCUUUAGCUUUUCUUUUCCCAAUGCAAAGUAAAAAACGUAAAUCAUGAAUAAAUUUCAAAUCUGACUUGUAUUAAGGAGGAAGCACCUAAUAGCAUGGGCAUCACAAUAUUUUAAGGAACUAUUCAUUGUUGUGAUCGAGUCCUACAAUACUUAAAAAAGAACAUCCCUUUUGAUUUGGUUUGAGAUAUUCUAUUCUAUUCAACCUCGCGUCUAAAGUAUUUAUAUUCUACUGGUGCAAUUUGACUUUCAGUUUACAUAUGUAAACAGUAAGCAGAACACACUUCACAGAUUAAAUUGUAUAUUAAAAGUCCCAUGUUCAGACAAUUAUGAUAUUCAUAAGAACCUGCCAUAACCUUUUUUUUUGCUGUCAUAGAUGCCAUCAAGGCCUUUUCCAAGAUGCCAUCUAUAAGGCCUCCUAGUCAACAUAUCGUCAUCAGAACUGAUCUAAAAAAAUCAAUUCUCUUAAAAAAAAAAAAAAACAGCAUUUACUGUUUGCAUCCUGAUCACUUGAACAUUUGUGUGUCUUAACUUGUUGGAUUGUUGUAUCAAUGUCUGUGUUCCCCAAUCUUAGAAAGUAUUUUUUGUUUAUUUUUAAGGAUUCAUUGAAUAAAAGACCCAAGAUUUAAAA